CUCCCACUCCACUCCACUCCACUCCACUCCACAGAUGAGAUCCCUCCAAAGCCCAUAACAUAAGAUGGAGGAGCUUGCAAUUUGCAAAUGACUCUUUUCUUACCUUUGGAAGAAUCACUAUUCUUUCACACUGUUUACAAUUGAUUUUGAUCUCUAAUCUAAUUUUGGCUUGAUCAUCCAUGGCUUUUAAAAGAAGCUUAGGUCAUUGUUCUCCUUCUUCAUCAUCUUCGACACAAUCUCCCUGGAGCUAUGACGUGUUCUUGAGUUUCAGAGGUGAAGAUACCCGCAAAAACUUUACUGAUCAUCUCUAUGAGGCCUUGGUUCAAGCUGGAAUUCACACCUUCAGGGAUGAUGAUGAACUUCCAAGAGGACGUGAAAUUUCUUCGGAGCUUCUCAAAUCAAUCGAAGGAUCCAGGAUGUCCAUCGUUGUUUUCUCAAGAAACUAUGCUUCUUCCAGAUGGUGCCUUGAUGAGCUCGUGAAGAUCAUUGAAUGCAAGAAAACACUUGGACAAUUACUUGUCCCAAUAUUCUACGAUGUUGAUCCAUCUGAUGUACGCCACCAAACUGGGUAUUUUGGAGAAGCAUUUGGAAGACACGAAAAGCGUUACAUGGAUGAGAUGGAGAAGGUGGAGAUCAGGAGAGCUGCCCUCUCUCAAGCUGCUAAUUUGUCAGGGUGGGAUUUGCAAAAUGUUGCAAAUGGGCAUGAAGCAAAGUUCAUCCGAAAAAUUGUUAAAGAGGUUUUAUGUGAACUGAAACAUACAUUCCUAAAUGUUGCUGUGCACCCAAUUGGAAUAGAUUCUCGAGUUAAACACGUAAAGUCAUUGUUGAGCAUUGGAUCAUAUGACGUUCGAAUGAUUGGGAUAUACGGCUUGGGUGGAAUAGGCAAAACGACCAUUGCAAAAGCUGUGUAUAACCAUAUUUGCCUCAAAUUUGAAGGGAGUUGUUUUCUUGCAAAUGUUAGAGAAUGUACAGGACAAUUCAAUGGUCUAUGUCAAUUACAAGAACAACUUCUCUAUGAACUAUUAGGGAUAAAGAAUCUAAAGAUUGGCAGUGCUGAUAGAGGAAUGAAUUUGAUAAAAGAAAGGCUCCACUCUAAAAGGGUUCUCAUUGUUCUUGAUGAUGUGGAUCAAUUAACUCAAUUAAGUACCUUGGCAGGAAAUCGUGAUUGGUUUGGUCCAGGAAGUAGAAUCAUCAUAACAACUAGAGAUAAGCACUUGUUGAAGGGACUGAAAGUUGAUGAGAGAUACAUGGCUAUGGAAUUGAAUCACGAAGAGUCUCUGCAGCUUUUCAGUUGGCAUGCCUUUGGAAAAACCAAUCCAUUAGAAAAUUAUGCAGAUCUUGCAAAUGGUAUAGUAAGUUAUGCUAGUGGGCUGCCACUAGCUGUUGAAGUUUUGGGUUCUUAUUUGUUUGGAAGAAACAUGGUCGAAUGGAAAAGUGCAUUUGAUAAAUUACAACAAAUUCCUCAUGAGGAAAUUCAGAAAAGACUUAGGAUAAGUUUUGAUGCACUAGAUGAUGACAAAAUAAAGGAUAUCUUCCUUGAUAUUGCUUUCUUUUUCAUUGGAAUGGACAAAGACUAUGCCAUUACUAUAUUGAAUGGUUGUGGUUUCUUCGCAGAAAUUGGAAUUAGUGUUUUGAUUAGUAGAUGUUUACUGAGAAAUAGUGAAAACAAUGAGUUGAUGAUGCAUGAUCUAGUUAGGGAUAUGGGAAGGGAGAUUAUUCGUGAAAAAUAUCCCAAGGAGCCUGAAAAGCGUAGUAGAUUGUGGUUUCAUGAAGAUGUAUGCUAUGUACUCGAAAAAAAUAAGGGAACGGAAGCAGUCGAAGGUGUGAUCCUGAUCCUACCCAUGUUAAAGAAGAUAAAAUGGAGUAAUAAAGCAUUUGCUGGGAUGCCUAAGUUAAGAUUGCUUCGAAUAAAUCGUGGGCACCUUUGUGGAAAUUUUGAACAUCUAUUUGAAGAGUUAAGGUGGCUCUGUUGGCAUUAUUGCCUAUUGGAGUAUUUACCAUCCAAUUUUCAUCCAAAGAAACUUGUUAUUUUAGACAUGCAAUUUAGCAAAUUUAAAACACUCUGGACAGAUGGCAAGCACUUCAAGAGCUUGAAAAUUCUAAAUCUCAAUAAUUCCAAAUGCCUAACAAAAAGCCCCAUCUUUUGUGCACUAUCAAUGCUCGAGGAAUUACAGCUUGAACGUUGUACAAGUUUAAUGGAGCUCCACGAAUCAAUUGGACUUCUAGAUAAACUUGUUUACUUGAAUUUGAAAGAUUGCAUGAACCUUAGGUUUCUUCCAGGCAGUAUCUGCAAGUUAAAGUCUGUCGAACGUCUAAAUCUCACUGGUUGCACAAAACUAGAAGAGUUUCCAGAGCACUUGGGACAUAUGGAAAGCUUAACAGAGCUUCUUGCAGAUGGAACCAUCAUUAAACAACUACCUUUCUCUAUUGGACUACUGAAGAAUCUUAGGAGGUUAUCGUUGAAGGGAUGUAAUAGGCAAUUCACAACUAAAUCCUGGUUUUCUCUUAUUUUAUCUUGGGUUUUACAGAGAAAAAAUGCCCACUCCAUAAGAUUUUUACCAUCCUCUAUUUCAAGUUUGUGUUCCUUAACAAAGUUAGAUCUCAAUUAUCGCAAUUUGUCUGAAGGAGAUUUUCCAGUUGAUCUUAGGAGUUUAUCCUCAUUACGAGUGUUGGAUUUAGGCGGAAACAAUUUUCGUAGCCUACCACAUGGCUUCAAUCAUCUGUCCAAACUAGAAGACCUUUCGUUGGAUAACUGCGCAAGUCUUCAAUCUAUUUCAGAUCUUCCUCCUAAUUUAUGUACAAUAUAUGCUUGUAAUUGUUCAUCACUUGAAAAAAUAUCCGAUCUACCAAGAAGAUUGAAGACUCUAAAAAUGCGGUUGGGUAAACACCAAUUUCACCAUAUUCUCUCAAAUCUUAAUAAUGAUGGAAUGGAAGAUCCUCACUGUUUUCAAGGUGCACGAAUCAUCCCCUCGGACAGGCUCAACAAUUUACAAACUCCUCUUCAGGUCUCUCUCUCUCUCUCUCUCUCUCUCUCACACUCAGGUGCAACAGUUUAGCAAAAAAAAAUCUCUCCGAAAAUUAAGUGAAAUGUGUGAAAUCAAAUUAUUUUAAAUGUUCCCUGUAAAAUACCAAAGGAGGAGGAUUUCAUCCGGUCCAGAUUAUAUGGACUGGAGGACGCUGUUUAGGUUUGUGGAAUCAAUAAUGGGGUCCAUCAUGAAUUCUGUUUCAGUGAUUCAAAUAUUUCAUUUUAUCAGACACUUAGUGUAUUUCAUUGACCAAAUAUUUUUUUUUAAAUCGAUCUGAUAAUCAUAAUAUUAUUCAAUUUAUCAAAUUUGUCAUAUAAAAAAAAAUGGAUGACAAUUGUAUUUUUAAAAAUAAAUAAUACUAUAUUUUUUUGGUGACAAACGCAACAAAUUAUAUAGGUUACAAUUAUCGAAUCGAUUUAAUUUUUGUGUGAAUGAAAUAUAUGAAGUGCUCAACAAAAUGAAUAAUUUAGAUUACAAAAACGGAACCUGUGGUGGGUCCAAUAGACCUAAACAACACCAGCGGACUAGAGAAGAGUUGCCUAUUAGAUAUGGAAUAUCUUACUCUUAUUGAAUUUUUUAUUCAAUUUUUUUUACUUGAAUGACGUGACAAUAACAAUUUUAAAAAUAGGAUUUACUAGUUUUUUCACCGUUUUUAUUACCAGCUACAUGAUAAUAUAUUAGAUGAUUAUAUAUCACAUAUUUAUAUCAUCUUUUUAUAUCAUCAAUCUACUUGGAAAUAUGUCAUUUGUUUGCAUUAAUUUGUUAAUAAUGAUCUUCAAAUAAGAGAAUUAAUCACAAGUAUGGUGACACAAAAUAAUGAUAAAUAAU